GGAAACGUAUAGGCAAUACUACAGUUACGCACAGCUUAGUCGUCGUCUUGAGCAUUUCGCCGGAAAAUAUCCGCACCUUUGCGAGCUCACGAGCGUCGGGAGGUCAGCUGGAGGCAGAGAACUUUGGGUGAUGAGAAUCACUGGUCACUCAAAUCUCAUCACGGAUGUUUCCGAAAAACCACGGUUCAAAUAUAUGGGUAACAUCCACGGGGAUGAGGUGCUGUCCAGACAGGUUUUGAUUUACCUCACUGAUUAUCUCUUGGGUCAGUAUGGAACUGAUCCCAGAGUGACUGAACUUGUAGACAACACUGAUAUUUAUAUCUUACCCAGUGUAAAUCCCGAUGGCUUUGAGAAGGCUGUAGAAGGAGACUGUAAUGGCAGCAAAGAGGGCCAUGAAUACCACAAACCUAUUGCUGUAAGCCCUUAUUUCUCUGACCAGUCUGAUCCAAGUACCUUGGAAAAUGCACCUGAGGUGUUAGAUGUCGUUAAAUGGGUUUUACAGAAGAAGUUUGUCCUUGCUGGAAACUUGCAAGGAGGCCCCAGCUACCCCUUUGAUUACUCCGGUUCCCAUAUUACGCCAGGUGUAGACAGACACACAGACGGCGAUGAUGAUGCCCUCUUCCGCUAUUUGGUACAAACUUUUACUGAAAACCACUUGAUUAUGAAAGAAGGCAAGUCCUUGUGUCCUGAUGAGCUGAAUGAGGAGUUCAGAAAUGGGGCAGUGGCAAAGUGGACCGAUGUGCAAGGCGGCAUCCAAGACUUUAGUUACUUCAGAGGAAACUGCUUUGAGGUCACCCUUCAGCUGAGCUGCUGCAAAUAUCCAUUGGCUUCAGAUCUCUACAGUGAAUGGAACAACAACAGGGAAGCUCUGCUAGCAUACAUGGAAAAGGUUCAUAUUGGAGUCAGAGGUUACGUCCUGAACACCUCAGGAAUGGGUAUCCCAGGCUCAAACAUCUCCGUUGCUGGAAUAGACCACAUCAUCACAGCAUGGAUAUAUGGUGAUUAUUACCGGUUGCUGCUGCCAGGAACGUAUAACAUCACAGUCAGCGCUCUUGGGUACCUUCCAAGCACAAUAAACAACAUAACAGUGACUGAAGGCAAAGCUACUUUACUAAACUUCAUCCUUAAGAAUUUGAGUGAAGAGGUGCUAGUGUCUGGGGUUCCUGCCAGUCCUGUACCAACAGUAGCAUACCAGUCGACUGAACGGGUUCUUGGCACACAACAAGCUUCCACCCCUGAGCCACCAGUCAAGAGUCAUCACAGUUACUCAGAAAUGGAAGCGUACUUGCAGCAGAUUAGCUCCGUUUAUUCUUCUCACGCCCAGCUGUACUCGAUUGGCCAAUCGGUGCUGGGCAGAAAACUCUACAUCAUGAAGAUAUCUUCUAACCUUGCAGCUGAAGAACCAGGUAAACCCGAAAUCAUAUUCGUUGGCAACUUGCAUGGCAAUGAUGCUGUAGGUCAGAAGAUUCUCUUGCAUUUGAUUGAGUACCUGUGCAGUAAUUAUGGCAGCGAACCUUUAAUCACACAGCUGGUGAACAGUACAAGAGUGCACAUCCUGCCUUCUGUCAACCCAGAUGGUUAUGGAAUAUCAGAAAAAGCUCCCGAAUCUUUAAAUGUAAAUGGAGAAUUCGGUGUUGGUGUGAAAGAUGGCGACCAUCAUAACGCUGACUUGAGCUGGAACUUUCCUGACCAGGUCACUGCAGCCCAUUUUGUACGACCAGAAACCAGGGCAGUGAUGAACUGGAUGAAGGCUCACUCCUUUGUUUAUUCUGCUAGAGUUCAUGGUGGAGUGACUGGAGUGAGGUAUCCAGGGUCAGUUGAUUCUGUUGACCAGGCCAUAUUUAAAUCAAUCACACAGGUCUAUUUGGAAUUUUUAUCUCUCCAAACGUCGCAGACCUGUGAGGAAUUGGACAAAAAUAAAACGAAUCCUGUUGCCCCUUUAGGGAUGGAUCUGGAGACCUGGGCGUACAGUAACACAGACACUCUGGGAGUCAGCAUUGGAGUAAGCUGUGAUCUGGAGGCACCAGUUGAAAACAUUACGACGUACUGGAUACAGAAUCAGAGGCCUCUGCUGCACUUAAUCCAACAGGUUCAUUUUUCAGUCAGAGGUAGAGUGACUGAUAGUCAGUCUGGUCAGGCUAUUGCUAAUGCUUCCAUAGAGGUGGAAGGCUCCAGGCAUCAGGUUCACACCAGCAGCAUAGGAGAAUACUGGAGACCUCUGGCUCCUGGGAUGUACCAGCUCCAUGCCUUCGCUCCAGGAUAUUUUCCCCUCUCUGUUUUGGUGACGGUCACUGUCACCUGGGUGGAGCUGGAUUUUGAGAUGACCCGAGAUCAGCAGCCGCAGUCUGAAUCCCAGAUGGAGGAAGAAGAGUUUCAGAGAUUGGUGGAGAACCUGUCCUCUGCUCGUGGCCUGGAACAGCUCAUCCAGAACCAUCUUCCAGCCAGAACACUGCAUUAUAGGAAGCACACAGAACGCUCCAAAUUCCUGCGUGGACUUCACCUUAACUUUCCUCGUAUCACUCGUCUGUACAGUCUGGGUAACAGCUGGGAGUUGCGUCCUAUUUGGGCUCUAGAGAUCUCUGGAGGUCCUGAGUCAACACGGCCCACGGUGCCAAGAAUCCGGUACGUCGCAGGUGUCCAUGGAAAUGCUGCAGCAGGGCCAGAGCUGCUGCUGGAGUUUGCAUCUGUUCUGUGUAUAAACUAUGGUGGGAAUCCUGCGAUCACAAAGCUGAUUGACAGGAGCAGGAUAGUGAUCGUGCCGUGUGUGAACCCGGACGGUCGAGAGCUGGCCCAGGACGACUCGUGUUUCUCCUCAACGGGACUCACCAAUGCUCACGGUGUAGACCUUGACACAGACUUCAUCUACGGCAACAUGUCUGCGCAGCCCGAAACCCGUGCGAUGAUGAAUCUGAUCGAAGGAGGAGGCUUCUCUCUGUCUGUUACACUAGAAGGAGGCUCUUUGUUGACAACGUACCCCUAUGACCGACCCACAGAACCAGCACACAAUGAAGAAACACUGAGAUAUUUGGCCUCCAUCUAUGCAGGCAGUCACCCUGUCAUGCACUUGGGUUACCCGGGAUGCAGAAAUGGACUGGGUAGGAACGACAACCUCCUACGGUGCCUUGCAUAAAUAUUCA